ACUGCUGGGAUAUGUAGUCGCCGCGGCUGUGACACCAUGUAGUCCAGGAAAUCCCGAUCCGGCUUUUGGUCCGUAAAAUUGUGUCUUCCCCAGAAUUGGGCGAGAGUCCUGCCUGCCUGCUGUGUAUUCCUGUUGCGUCUCUGACACGGAGGAAAUGCUGUCCUUCUCUGAUGUGGCCAUCGAGUUCUCUCCAGAAGAGAGGGAAUGUCUGGAGCCUGCUCAAUGGAAUCUGUACAGGGAUGUGAUGUUGGAGAAUUACAGCCACCUUGAGUUCCUGGGUCUUGCUGUCAGUAAGCCACACUUGGUGACAUUUCUGGAGCAAAGACAAGAGCCUUCAGAUGGGAAGAGACAAGCAGCAGCCACCGUGCACCCAGGAACAAAACCCAAUGAUCACAGCAGUUACAACAAGGCCAUUGAUUGUAACUCACUACAGAUUCAAUGUCAGAGAAUUCAUACAAAGGAGAAACCCUUCAAGUGUGAAAAAUGUGGUAAGGGCCUUAGUUCUUCUAAAGCACUUUCCAUACACCAGAGACUUCACACUGGAGAAAAACCCUACACGUGUAAAGAAUGUCACAAGGCCUUCAAUACUCGCUCAUCACUUUUUAUACACCAGAAAGAUCAUACUGAUGAAAAAACCUACAAGUGUGGAGACUGUGGCAGAUCAUUUUACUAUCUUUCAAUGCUGAAACAACAUAAAAUAAUUCAUGUUAAAGAGAGCCCAUACAAGUGCAAAGAAUGUGGCAGGUGUUUUUUCUCAUUUUUAUGCCUUAGACAACAUCAAGCAAGACAUACUGGAAAGAAAGCAUACAAGUGUGAAAAGUGUGGCAAAUGCUUUUCCUUCCCUUCAUCCUUUCGGCGACAUCAAGCAAUUCAUUCUGAAGACAGUCCCUAUAAAUGUGCAAGAAGUAGCAAAACUCUUUCCCAUUUUACAUUCCUUCAAGAACAUCAGACAAUUCAUUCUGGAAAGAAAUCAUACAAGUGUGAGAAGUGUGGCAAAUGUUUUUACUUCCCAUCAUCCCUUCGGCGACAUAAAGCAAUUCAUUCUGAAGAUAAUCCCUACAAGUGUGAAGAGUGUGGCAAAACUCUUUCCAGUUUUAAAUUCCUUCAAGAACAUCAGACAAUUCAUACUGGAAAGAAAUCAUACAAGUGUGAAGUGUGUGGCAAAUGUUUUUACUUCUCCUUAUCCCUUCGGCGACAUAAAGCAAUUCAUUCUGAAGACAGUCCCUUUAAGUGUGCAGAGUGUGGCAAAACAUUCUCCUAUUUAACAUACCUUCAAGAUCAUCAGACAAUUCAUACUGGAGAGAAAGCAUACAAGUGUGAAGAGUGUGGCAGAUGUUUCCACUUAUCUUCAUCCCUUCGGCGACAUCAAACAAUUCACCGUGAAGACAAUCCCUACAAUUGUGAGGACUGUGGUAGAAGGUUUAGCUCUUCUGUAUCCCUUAAACAACAUCAAACAAUCCAUUCAGCAAAGAGUCCUUAUACCAGUGUGCAUUGUGGCAAAUGGUCUUCCUAUUCUAGGGAUCUUCAGGGUCAUCAAACAGUUCACACUGGAGAGAAACCCUACAAGUGUGAAGAAUGUCACAAAGGCUUUCGUUGUCUCUCAUCCCUUAGUAGACACAAGAGAGUUCACACUGGAGAGAAACCCUACAAGUGUGAAGAGUGUCACAAACCUUUUCGUUGUCCUUCAUCCCUUAGGAGACACAAGAGAGUUCACACUGGAGAGAAACCGUACAAGUGUGAAGAAUGUCACAAAGCCUUUCGUUGUCACUCAUCCUUUAGUAGACACAUGAGAGUUCACACUGGAGAGAAACCCUACAAGUGUGAAGAGUGUCACAAAGCCUUUCAUUAUCACUCAUCCCUUAAGACACACAAGAGAGUUCAUACUGGAGAGAAACCCUUCAAUUGUGAAGUAUGUCACAAAGCUUUUAAUUGUUACUCAUCUUUUAGGACACACGAGAGAGUUCACACUGGAGAGAAACCCUACAAGUGUGAAGACUGUGGCAGGUGCUUUUCCUCAUCUUCAUCCUUUAGACGACAUAAAAAAGCAAAAAUUCAUUCUGAAAAGAAUUCCUAAAGUUGUGGGGAAUGUGGCAAAAACUUUAUGAAUCUUAAUAUACGUAUUCAACACAUGAUAUAGUUAAUGCAAGAGAGAAAUCCAACAAAUGUCUUUAAAAGUUUACUUCUUCAAACCUUCAAAUGAAUCAGAUGAUUCAUUCUCACUGCAAACAUCGUGAAUGAUGUAUGAUUCCCCUCUGUAUGCUGUGAAUAUGUUCAAUACCAUUGGUUAAUAAAGAAGCUGUGUCAACCAAUGGCUUAGCAGAGUAAAGCCAUGCUGGUAAAUCAAACAGAUAUAGAAAGAGAGUAGGAAGGUUCAGAGAGAUGUCAUGUAGCUGCCGAAGGAGACAGAUGCCAGAACCUGCUGUUAAGCCACAGCCUCAUGGCAAUCUACAGAUGAAUAGAAAUGGGUUAAUUUAAGAUGUAAGAGUUACUUAAUAAGAAACCUGAGCUAAUUAGCCAAACAGUGUUGUAAUUAAUGUAGUUUCUGUGUGAUUAUUCAGGUCUGAACAGCCAGGAAACAUAAGAACAGUCUCCAGUUACACAUGAGUGUGUGAAGCAUCACAAAAUCUUUGCCAAGAAAUCAGAUAUUAUUCACCUGAAAUAAAUACCUAAUGGAGAAUAGUAAUGUAGUUAUUUUGGAUGUCAAUAUCAACAUGUGAGUUACAACAGCACAAAUGCUAUUAAUGUCAUCAGAGAACAGUAGAGACUUCUCAUUGCUGUAACCCCCAACAGUUUGUUUAAUCAGUGUGUUUGAAACUUGUCUUUAUUAAUGAGUCUCUCUCUUCUGUAACUAUAAAAGAUUGGU